CGCUAUAAGAAGCGGCGUGCACGGCUGAGCGCGCACACCCACUCGCGGGAUUCAGGGCGGCGGACCGUCGACGGUGACCGACUGCCAGGAUGCUGCGCGUGCGGUGUGUGCGUGGCGGGAGCCGCGGCGCUGAGGCCUUACAUUACCUGGGGUCUCGGCUUGGAAGAACCUUGACAGGAUGGGUGCAGCGAACUUUCCAGAGCACCCAGGCAGCUCCAGCUUCCUCCCAGAAAUCCUGUGCAGCUGAUGACAAGGCCACCGACCCUCUGCCGAAGGACUGCCCUGUGUCCUCCUACAACGAGUGGGAUCCGUUAGAGGAGGUGAUCGUGGGCAGAGCAGAAAACGCCUGCGUGCCACCCUUUACGGUGGAGGUGAAGGCCAACACAUAUGAAAAGUAUUGGCCAUUUUACCAAAAGUAUGGAGGCCAGUAUUUUCCCAAAGAUCACUUGAAAAAGGCUGUUGCCGAAAUUGAAGAAAUGUGCAAUAUUUUAAAAAUGGAAGGAGUUAUCGUGAGGAGACCCGACCCCAUAGACUGGUCUUUUCAGUAUAAAACUCCUGAUUUUGAGUCUACGGGUUUGUACAGCGCGAUGCCUCGGGACAUCCUGAUUGUGGUGGGAAACGAGAUUAUUGAGGCUCCCAUGGCCUGGCGCUCGCGCUUCUUUGAGUACAGAGCCUACCGCUCUCUCAUCAAAGACUACUUCCACCGUGGGGCCAAGUGGACCACGGCUCCCAAGCCCAUGAUGGUGGACGAGCUGUAUGACAAGGACUAUCCCAUCCACAAUGUGGAAGACAGACACAGACUGGCUGCUCAGGGAAAGUUUGUGACCACUGAGUUUGAGCCCUGCUUUGAUGCUGCUGACUUCAUUCGAGCUGGAAGAGAUAUUUUUGCACAGAGAAGCCAGGUGACAAAUUACCUGGGCAUUGAGUGGAUGCGCAGGCAUCUCGCUCCAGACUACAGAGUCCACAUCAUUUCCUUUAAAGACCCCAACCCGAUGCACAUUGAUGCCACCUUCAACAUCAUUGGGCCUGGACUUGUUCUUUCCAACCCUGACCGACCAUGUCACCAGAUCGAUCUUUUCAAGAAAGCAGGAUGGACCAUAGUUACUCCUCCAACACCGAUCAUCCCAGAUGAUCACCCGCUCUGGAUGUCGUCCAAGUGGCUUUCCAUGAAUGUCCUGAUGCUGGAUGAGAAGCGAGUCAUGGUGGACGCCAACGAGAUCCCGACCCAGAAGAUGUUUGAGAAGCUGGGGAUUAGCACCGUUAAGGUCAAUAUCCGUCACGCCAACUCCCUGGGAGGAGGCUUCCACUGCUGGACCUGCGAUGUCCGCCGCCGGGGCUCACUCCAGUCCUACUUCGACUAACCGGCCUGCAGGCUGGGUUCAGGGGGGUCCCUUCUCCCGCUUCCCCAAGUGCGUGACCUGUAGUGCUUUGAACAAUCGUGUGCUUCAUGGGGUCUCAAGCCUGGUUUACCUUUAUGGCUUUUCUCUGACAUAAGGAAACUAACUUCAGCUUUCUUGUCCUAAAGUUUAUUUACCCUUUGGCUUCCAGUAUAAAACCUUGGUGAAUAUGUACCAAGACAAAAAUUAGUCACUGAGUAACUUGGCCUGUGUAACUAAUAUUUAACCAUCUACCUCUGGUUUUUACUUUUCUUUCCACAGGGCAGCUUGAGACACUGGUUCUAAUCUUCGUAUUUUUUUUUUCCUUUUUAGUAGGCUUGUGACUGUUUGUACCACUUCUUUUUUCUCAAUGAGAGGAACACUUAGAACUUACACGGAUCUUAAGUAGAACCAGAUAAUUCUCUUUUUCUCAAUAAGGAAAUUGAGUAGUUUUUUUUUUUAAAUAAGCUACAUGAUGCAAACAUUGACAUGAAUUUUCAUGUUUUUAAUAUUUUCUUCUCAACAUAGGGUGAAAUGUGCUACUAAAAACCGUGUUAUACAACUUACCUCAUUUCAAGAGAACUGUUUUAAUCCGUUCCUCUCUUUCCACAAAUUCACAGAAAUGUUUAGCAUGAUAGAAUAUAACUGUCAGUUCCCAUUCCUAAACUUUUAUGUUCAAUGUCGCAUAGAUACUUUGCUUCUUUGGAAAUCUCGGAUUUGUUUACAGAUGUGCAGAUUAUUGAAGGCAUAGACUUUAAAAGGAUUUGAAAAACAAUAAAAAAAAAGCAUUUGAAAAUACUAAUAGAGGGAACACAUGAUGUGAAAAAAUUUUAAUGUUGGAUACUGUGUGUGUAUUUUUAUUCUAAUAAACAUUUUUGUUCCAGA